UUUUUGGGACUUUCCGGGAGCCUGUUCACACAUUACAAUAAGAAAUAUCUCUUUUAUUUAAUUAAGUUUAACAGUAGCGGAACGGUUUGUUGUUGCCGUCACUUCGCCGCUUGGUUCCGUCGCGAUGGCGGAGCUCGGAACCGAACCGGCCGCCGCUGUGGACGUAAACCCGCCUCCGAACCCGACCGACACCGCGAUGGCGUAUCUGCAGGACGAGAAAGCCGACGCGGACGUGACUAACCUGAAUUUGGGAGAACUGGACCUCACCACGGAUGAGUUUAUCCUGGAUGAAGUGGACAUUCAUAUCCAGGCCAAUCUAGAGGACGACCUGGUGAAAGAGGCGCUUAAAACGGGCGUGGAUCUGAGGCAGUACUCCAAACAGGUGGAGGCCGAGCUGCAGAGGAUCGAGCAGGCCUCCAUCAAAGACUAUAUUAAAGAGAGUCAGAACAUCGCUUCUCUCCACAACCAGAUCACGGCAUGUGACUCCAUCCUCGAGAGGAUGGAGGGCAUGCUGAGCGGCUUCCAGAGCGACCUCUCGUCCAUCAGCAGUGAGAUCCAGAGCCUCCAGCAGCAGUCCGUGAGCAUGAACGUGAGGCUGAAGAACAGGCAGGCCGUGCGCAGCCACCUGAGCCAGCUGGUGGACGAGCUGGUGGUGCCCGGAGCCAUGAUCAGCACGAUCCUGGACAGUCCGGUGACAGAGCAGGAAUUUUUAGAACAGCUCCACGAACUCAACAACAAGAUCAACUUUGCCAAAGAGCUGAGCUUCAGGGAGACGCUGGCCUGUUCAGACAUCCAGGACAUCGUGGACCGACUCAAACUGAAGGCUGUCUCAAAGAUCAGAGAGUUUAUUCUGCAGAAGAUUUACGCCUUCAGGAAACCUAUGACCAACUACCAGAUCCCCCAGAACACAUUACUCAAAUACAGGUUUUUCUACCAGUUUCUUUUGGCCAACGAGAGGACAGUGGCGAAAGAGAUCAGAGACGAAUACGUGGACACCAUGAGUAAAAUCUACUUCAGCUACUUCAAGUCGUACAGUAGCAGACUCCUCAAAGUACAGUACGAAGAGGUGGCGGACAAGGACGACCUGAUGGGAGUGGAGGACACGGCCAAGAAAGGUUUCUUCUCCAAGCCGUCCCUAAAAAGCAGGAACACCAUCUUCACUUUGGGCCAGAGGGGGACGAUACUGAGCCCUGCAGAGCUGGAGGGGCCCAUCCUGGUCCCACACACGGCCCAGAGAGGAGACUGUCGGUAUCCGUACGAGACGCUGUUCCGGAGUCAGCACUUCGCUCUUCUGGACAACGGCUGCAGAGAAUUCCUGUUUCUCUGCGACUUCUUCAUGGUCACUGGAAACUCCUCCCUCGACCUGUUCAACUGCAUCAUGGGAAAAACGCUGGCCAUGUUCCUGAAAAGCAUGUCCACGUACGUGUCCGACUGCUACGACAGCAUCGCCAUCUUCCUCUGCAUCCACAUCAUCCUGCGCUUCAGAGCCAUCACCGCCAAGAGGAACAUCCCCGCCCUGGACAAAUAUUGGGAGGCCGUGCUGGAGCUGCUGUGGCCGCGCUUUGAGCUCAUUCUGGAGAUGAACAUUCACAGCAUCAGGAACACGGACCCUCAGAGGCUCGGGGUCCUGGACACACGCCCACACUACAUCACACGUCGUUACGCCGAGUUCUCCUCCGCCAUCGUCAGCAUCAACCAGACCUUCCCCAACGAGAGGACCAACGCUCUGCUCGGACAACUGCAGGUGGAGGUGGAGAACUUUGUGCUGAAAAUGGCGGCUGAGUUUCCCUCAAGACGAGACCAGCUCAUUUUCCUCAUCAACAAUUAUGACAUGAUGCUCAGUGUUCUCAUGGAGAGGGCAGCAGAUGACAGUAAAGAGGUGGAGGGUUUUCAGCAGCUGCUUUUGGCCAGAACACAGGAGUUCAUAGAGGAAAUCCUGUCGGCUCCGUUUGGGGGGAUGAUCUCGUUUGUGAAGGAGGCCGAGGCUCUGAUGGAGAAAGGACAACUGGACCGACUGAAGAACGAAGAGACUCGGAUCACUCAGCUGGUUCGUGGUUUCUCCUCGUCCUGGAAACAGUCUGUGGAGGCCAUGAGUCAGGAGGUCAUGAGGUCCUUCACCAACUUCAAGAACGGCACCAGCAUCAUCCAGGGCGCUCUGACUCAGCUGAUCCAGUACUACCACGGAUUCCACAAGGUCCUGAACCAGCCGACCUUCAGAGCCCUGAGCGUCCGAUCAGAACUCAUCAACCUGCACCACCUCAUGGUCGAAGUGAAGAAGCACAAGCCCAACUUCUGACCGAAGACGAGGGGCGCUGGAGAGGAGGAGGAGGAGGAGGAGGAGGAGGAAGAAAGGGAGGAGACAGGUGGAAAAGAGAAUAGGAGGAGAUGAGAUGAGGAGAAAGAGCGGAUAAGUGGAUGGAACCAGGGCCCAGCCUAACACUAAACUAAACGUAGAAAAGAGAGAACGAGACAGAGCGAGUGAGAAGGACAGAUGCACUGGACCCAACCGGCCACAAGGGGGCACCAAACGACUUUCUAAACUUAAUGUGUGAGAAAGAGGAGAGGAGAGAGAAAUUAAAGUCCUGGAGUGAGAGAAAAGGGUCGUUAAAGACGCAUUAUGUCACUUUUCUGGUGGAGGUUUUAGUCUUAAUCAAUAAAACAUAAUUAAAAAUACUCCAGUCACACCUGAUAGCUGCAUCCACUCGUGUUUAUAAGUUUAAUGCCGUGCUGUGGAACAUUCCAGGCAGAGCAGUAGCAUCUCCUUGGAGACGAGCGGGUGGCACACAGAGCACCCUCCACCAGAAAAGUGACUCUAGUUCUCAUUAUAAACACACACUCUGCUCAUGAAGACACAAGCCUCUUUUCUGCUGCUGCUCUUUGGUCUGUGGUGAAAUUACUAAAUGUUUUUUUUUGUUCAUCGCUGAGAUCGGCUUUAUAAUUCCAAGUUAUUGAAGCUAAAGUUAACGUAAACACAAAACUAAUUCCGUUUUUUUGUAUAAGUAAAGAAUUGUUUUGGUUUAUGUUUGAUUACCGUAUUUUUCCGACUAUAAAUCGCUCCGGAGUACAUCACACUUUUUUGGGGGGAAAUGUAUUUUAUAAAACGAGAGAGCAGGAGCCGACAUUUCCUGUGUAAAAUCAAGUUGCAGUAAAAACAAUAGAAGAGAGAAGAACAGACUAUUAACGUCACAUAUGAACAGUUCUUCAGAUUAAAUAUAACAUAAACAACAGAACAAGUUUAACAAACUCUUCAUCUCACUCCAAAUCACUAAAUCCUCCGGAGGUAAAAAGAGCGACGCUUCCUCUUCUGCGUCGCUGUCGUCAGACUCAGAAUCAGUUCCAGUUAGAAUUAUUCGGGUCUUUCUGAAUCCCGACAGGAUGGUUUCGGUGUCACUGAAGUCCAGGCUUUGUCCAUCAUCCAGUGACUCCAGGAAAGUUUCAUGGUGCAUCCUCCCGGUGUCACAAGUUUCUCUCUCACUCCAAAUUUUCUUUCUGCUGCUCGAUUAUCGUUUUCAGCUGCAGAUUUCACGACUUGCAGUUUGUAAUCUUCAAAAUCAGAUUUAGUUUUUGGGGGCAUUUAUGUUCAGUCUUCUCAGUCUUUGUCUUUAUAAGUUUGUUUAAAUGUUAAAUUGUUCAGUGGUGCAGAAGUAACGGUGCGAUCGACUGACAUGAUACAGACAGAACAGAGGCUCUUUCUGCAGGAGACAUGUGCUCUCUUGUGACAGUCUCAUGGACUUAUAGUCUGAAAAAUACAGUAAUUAAUUAAUCAUUGUAUUUUUGCACGUUUCAAGGCACCCUAGUGUUUUACAGAGUAUUAUUCAUUCACUCCACAACCAUCAUUCACAAACAUUCUUCUUUCUCAUGAGGCAAACUGGGUUUAGUUUCUUCCCCAAGGAGACAACAACAGUUUUUGAGACUGGCGCCCCCUUGUGUCUCCUGGUGUUCUCAGCGUCUCCCGUCCGAGUCCUCAGGCCCUGCUGAGCUUCUGAGUCUGACGGGUUCAGGCCUGGAUGAGUUACACACUGGAAACAUCAGACUUUUACGUGAGCGUCGUGGAGAUUUAUCACAAGAUGAAGUCUGUGUUUGGUGACAGAUUUUUAUUUUAUGUUUUUUUUUUUUUUUUUUUUACGUCUUGUUUUCACCCGACUCUGCAUUUUCUCUCGUCCAAUCAUCUUGUUUUGAUCCUGAUCUGGCUCAAAGUGCGCGCCCGUGUGUGUGUAUGGAAGUGUCUCUGUGUGUUUUAAGUUUUGCACUUUUUACGAUGAAAUAUUCUGACUGAUCUCGAAGUACAAGUACUACAAAACCUGACAGCAGAAGUACUGUGUCUUUACUGUACAGCGUAGUAACUCUGGUAUUUAUGUUACACAGAAUCAUCCUCAUUUUAGGUGAAUGAAGUCUUUAUUUCAAAUGCAUUUAUAUAAAACAAAAGUUAGAACAGGAUGGUGGUUCUGUAACGGAGAGAAGAUUGUAAAGUGUAAAUGUACAAAGCCCCUGUGGACCAGUGUAAAUGUUUGUGUAUUUCAUUUGUUUGAAAAGUAGUGAGUUUAAAUUUUUCUGAUUCAUGUUCAAAUGUCGUUUCCUCAUCACAAACAGACCUGGAGUUUUGUUUUGUUUAUUUUAUUUACACACUUUUAACGCAGAAACCUGCAGAUUUAGCCUUGGAAAUGUCAAUCUCACUGAACAAAAAGUCAAAUGUAGCUGAUAACUAACGCUUCAUGCAUGACAUCACAAGGUGGAACAGAGCAUUUUGAGCUCUGGAGGUGCAGAUAGACUAAUAAUAAAAGAUUAAUCAAACAUGUGUGAAUGAAACAAAACAUGACUCCUCUGUUUUAAUGAGGUAAAACAUUAUAAUACGACUUAAAGUUCACAAGAGUCCAUUUGUGUGACCUUUAAAACACGUGGUCGAUGAUGUAAACAGCUCAAAAAAUAAAGGAGAAAUCCUGUUGAAGAAAGA